AUGGAUUGCGUGCAGUACUUGUUGACGCAUGUGCCGCAUCUCAUGUUUCGAGCCGAUCAGUCGGGCGCGACGCCGCUGCAUGUGUGCGCAGUCCACGGCUUCCUCGAAGGCAUUGUUUUGCUUUUGGACGCAGCGAUAGCAACCUCGACUCUUCUUCAACUGCUGUCGGCUUUUGACGUCAACGGUCGCACGGCCCUGCAUACCAGUCUCUUACGCCGUCAGCUUGGCAUCGCGAUGUACUUGCUCGCGACGAGUCAGAUCCACGGCUUGGCGGUCACCGACUUUCUGGCCCUUGACGAUACCGCGCAUUACACGGCACUGCAUUAUGCCGCGGCGAUCGGCGCCAAUGAGAUCGUACGGGCGUUGAUUGACGCCGGCGUCAACAUUGAGCACGGGGUACCGUCGACCACGUACUUGGAGAAGACGAACGAGCCGGAACUCGCCGCCGCGCCACGACGCCGGGCACAGCUCGCUGCCAC